ACCCCAGGGACAGAAGGACUCGGCAGGAGUGGAGGACAGGCUGACCAGGCCCCUGCUGGGAAAUGCUGGGUCACUUCCAGUGCCCUGGAGUUUGAACCCCCUCAGCUGAUGGGUGGUGGCCGGUGGCUUCCCAGGCCGAACCCUCCUGCUUUCUUGCAGCCUCCUAUUGUGUUCCCUCCGUGACUCACGCAGGAGUGACAAAUAUCAGGGACAGAAUUUGUGUGGCCUGAGGCAGAGGCCUCUGCAGACAGGCUGCGGACAGGCUGUGGACGGCAGCGGCAGCGGGAUGCCCUCUGGGCCUUCCCGUGAGGAGCACCCCCAUCCAGCGCGCAAGGGAACCCUGGGGGAUGCAGUAACCCGCGCCCGUGGACGCACCUUCUGCAGGCUGCCCCUCCCCCCACCUUCCCGGAUGGGGGCCCAGCUCUCCUGCCCGGCGCUGCCUUGUGUACCCUGCAAGAAGGAGCCCAUCCAGCCUCUCAUGGUCCCGGUGCCCCUGGGCCCUCUGGGGGAGACGCGCUGUGAGGAGCACGGUGAGAAGAUUUACUUCUUCUGCGAGACCGAUGCUGAGUUGCUCUGUGUGGCCUGUCGGCAGGGUCCCUCCCACCGCACCCACCCUGUGGCCGUCCUCGACGGGACCAUUCAGCCCUACCGGGACCAUCUCCGGAGCCAGUCGAGAGCUCCGUGCCUGGAGAAGAGCGAGAUGGAGGCCACAUGGCGGCGGGAAGACAGGAAGCUCCAAAAGCUUCUGACUCACAUUGAAAGCAAGAAGCAGCAGGUGGACGCGGCGUUUGGGAAACUUCAGCGGGAGCUGGCAGACCAGCACAGUCUCCUGCAGGCCAGGUUGCGGGAGCUGGAGCUGCAGACCUGCAUGGAGAGGGACCAGUACAACUCCAAGUUCUCCGAGGAGAUCACCAGGCUCGGAGCCCAGGAGCUGGAGGAGCAGAGUCAGCAGCCAGCCAGCGUCCUGCUGCAAGAUGUCAAGGCCGACCAGAGCAGGUAUGAGACAAGGACUUUUGUGAGUCCAGAGACAAUUUCUCCAGACCUUGUCAAGAAGAUCCGAGAUCUCCACCGGAAAACACUCUUCCUCCCAGAGAUGCUGAGGACCUUCUCAGAAAACCUGGCGCACCAUCUGGAAACAGACUCAGGGCCCGCCCCGCCGGACCCGCGCGCCCUCAGCCGGAGCCGGGCCCUCACCGAGGGCAGGAAGCCGGCGACCUUCAUCCGGGACAAGCAGGACCUGCCGCACGGGCCCCCGCGCUCCGAGGGUGUCCCGGCGGCGCUGGGCACCCCCCGGCUGCUUCUCAGGGCGCCACCGCAGAUAUUAAGGAUCUGAAUCAACAGCCAGAUGAAGAGAUACAUAAGGGAGGUGGUGAGCGAAGGGACUUCUGUCUUCGUGAAGCUUGAAGACCAGCACGGCAGCGCGGGGGAGGCAUCCUGGUCGCUGGCUGGGAGUCCUCUGUACGCCGUCCUCUCGAGUUUUCAUGGAGGCUUCAUUACGUAGGAUAACUGAUUAAAUCAGUGGUCAUCGGUGAUGGAUUCAACUUCAAGCCCCUCUCCCCUCCCCAGAAAUCAGGGUGUGGGACUGAAAGUUUCAUCCUUCUAAUCAUGAAUGGAAGUUGCCUUGUUAACAUAAACCCACUUGGGGUAAAGGGAGCCUGUUUUCAAUAACAAAACACCCAUCGCCCUCAGGGAUCGGAAGAGAUUUCAGAAACCGAGGACAAGAGACUGAAAAUUGUAACAAGAGAUGGUUUGGGAAAUUCCAAGGUUUUAAAAGCCGUGAGCCGGAACUGUGGACAAAGAC